AGAAUAUUCCGUUCCUCCCUUUCCCUUCUCCAUCGUCUGGGUUCCAUUCCACGAACUACCCAAUCCAUCCAUCCGCCGCGCCUCUCUCUCCUUCAUCAUCAAUUCCGGUGAGGAUAUCGCCGGAUCGACGCGCCGCCGGCGGGAGCCAGCCGCAGAGUGGAGCUUGGAAUAGGCAGCUUUCUACUGUGAAUCAAAAGCGUGAUGAACAAAGAUAAAGUUCAUGACAAGGAGACUCACAGAACGAGCAACGAUAUAAGUCAUAAAACAUCUGUGGACAAGGUUAAGGCCCCCAAUCUGUUUGAACGAGCCAAGGAAGAGGUUGAGGCUCUCGUUGGAGCUGUUCAUGAUAAGAUGGAGCACAAUUCCAGUCCCCAUGGAAAUAAUGCUGACCUGCAUAAGGACUCAAAGGAUGAAAGCAAGGUGUCAAUGAACAAAAUAGAGACCCACAAGAAUGAAACUCAUGGUACAAGCGAUGAUAUAAAUGAGAAUACACCAGUUGAGAGAGUUAAAGGUCCAAAUGUGUUUGAGCGUGCCAAGGAAGAGAUUGAAGCUAUUGUUGAAGCCUUCCACCCAAAGAAGGGAUCUGACAAGUGAAGAUUGAGAUGUUCUGUUGCCUCUGUCUGCACUUGAUGUGAAAACAUUGACAUGAGUUAUUAAUAGAUCCAUGGAUGAGUUGUGAGAUAUCCAUCGGCUGGUCUUAUUAUUGCCAAACUAUGGAGUUGUAACUGUUGAAUGGUUCAUUGUACCACUGAUAUAUAUAUGAGCAGAGUGUGUAUCAUGUGUGACAUGAAAGUAUUACUGUUCUUCAGUGUUUGAUUUUAGUGUAUGUUGAACUUAGUCCUUUGCAUGAUAUGGUAUUUUACUUGCUACCAUACAUGCAAAAAUCUUUUGAGGUGCAUAAAUAAAGAGAGAGUCAAUUGCUGUACAA